UCCAGGCGGCGAACGACACGAUUCCGUCGCUGUCGGCAGUACCGCGGUCGGGGACGAAGUCCAACACGAAGACGCCGGACUUCAGGAGAGCACGACCGAUGAAGAGACCGCCCUUCCCGUGUCAUUCUCAUGGUGCAUGCUUGUAUGUAGAGAGAAGCAAGUGGUGAGUGACAGGGUGGUGAGCCGCCAUGGCAAGUUAGCUAUCAGCAGUUCCCAGUGACCGCGCUAACUAUUACUGCUCCGCUGAGCUAGCACGACUUUUUUCAGCGCUGACUACUUCCUCUGAUUUAUUUUUGCCUCCUGAUACCAGUCGCUGAUCCGUCAUUCUUUCACCAUAACCUAAUUUCGCUAAUAGUUGUUACCAUUUCGUUUCCGUAGCUGUUUUGACGAGUUCCAUCGCGUCGAGAAAGUCCUGAUCGGUUUCUUACCGUUCCAUUCUGCCAGUCAGCGGCUGUAGCUCUGGAAAUGGCUGAUUGCACGGCUUCCCUAGCGAGGGGUUGUGGAAAUGAUGAAUGUGAUGUCCGGGAAAUACCGGCCUGUGCUGCAGAAAUGACUGUAUCGAUGCCUGACCAGGCCGGGGAGGGGUGGCCUCUGUUACAGUCACAGUCGUUUCAGCGCGCUUGCCAGGAGGUGGAGUUAGCUGACGGCUGCGCGCUUACUCUUCAGGGUAGGCAUCCUACAAGAUCAACGGACGCCGUUGAGAUUACAAUCGACGGUCCAGAGAGCAGCAUCAGCAAGCCGACUUUUUGCAAGGAAACCAGCAGCAGUACGGGAUGGGGCAUGGGCUUAAUGGCAGGAAAUACCAGCACCACCACCAGCAGCGGUAACAGGGUGGUCGAAGGUGACUACAGCGAGGUGAACAGCGCUCUUCGACCCGGCCCUGCUCAGCGCGACGGAGCUGCUUCGCAGGUCCGUGACGGCGAAGCCAAGGCCUCGUCGCUGACCGCCCCGUUUUCCGCCGUAGCAUCCCCUGCUUCACACCCGAGUGGUCUGCCGCUCACGUUACCCCUAUCAACGGCUGACGUCAUCGCAGAGGCGUCGUCGCCUCGCCAUCCACUCUCCCCCCCACCGUGCAGCGCUUGCACGUGCAUCGGGGGAGUCGCUGGGGACAAUGGCGCACGAGGUGCCGGUAGCAGCCGGGAGAGCGGAAACCUGGCAGAAGUUGAGCAGGCAGAGAGCGCGGGAAAUUCAUUAUUUCAGACGGAAGUGACUAUAGCGGAAGAACCGGCGUCGAGUCCGGGCAGGGCGGAGGAUGGCGGCGGUCUAAUGCGCGCGUGCGGACUGAUAGGGGGAGGUGCGAGUUCCGCGCAGCAGAGCAAUCCAACGCCUCAAGGAUCGAGAGCGAGAGGCGGCAGGAGGAGGCGGAGGGCAGCUGCGGCAAGAGGAGCCGGGGGGAGUGCGAUUGACGAGGAGAGCGGUGAGGCGGAGGGGGAAGGUCCCGGGGAGCCGCGUCCGCUGUCCGUGGUGAUUCACGGCCCCGGGGCGUCGUUCUUCGUGGGCACGGAGCUAGUCGCCGCCGGAGGCAGGGGCGGGCCGGAGGGCUCGAGAGGAAGCGCAGGGGCACAGGGAGACCGUGGGGAUCCUGGGGGAUCAAGGCAGGGAACUGAGAGCGCGCAGGCGGCUGGCGCAGACAGCGGAGAGGAUAACUACAGUAACGGGUAUGGCGAUAGCGAGUACGACAGCGAUGACGGGUACGAGCAGGAGGGAGAGGGGGGGAGGAGGAGGAGGCGAGGGAGGAGGAGAAUCCAAGUGCUCAUGGACCAGUGGCGAGGCGGGGUGGAUGCGGUGGUGCGGUGGGGAAGGAACGGGAGAGCGCACACGAGAGGGCGAGCAUUGGCUGGUAGAGGCCCUGGUGUGUCUGCAGCAGACGGUGGGGGUGCUUCUGAGUCUGGCGACGGUGACAGUGACUACGACGAGAGCGAUCAUUUGGAGGACAGGGAAGAGGGCUCGUUGCACUAUGAUGAGUGUGACGAUAACGAGGGUUACUGUAUGGAAUGUCGGGGAGGCGACGAUGUUGAGCGCGGGGCAGAGGAGGGCCAGGAGGAGCGGGGCAGGGAGUCUGGUUGGCCGCAUGCGGAAGGGGAGGGUGAUGGAGGAGAGAGCGACAGCAGCACUAUCAGCUGUAGCAGCGGCUACAGCCAGAGCAGUGAAGCAGAGAGCAAGGCCAGUGCGGAUAACGAGGCAGACAAUGCAGGAGCAGCCAUGCUGAACUUUCACUUCGCUCCUCUCCUGGAGCCGUCCAGCCAAACAGAGGGCGACACGUGGAUAGAGGCGGUGCACGUGGUGCUGCCCCCGCCGCCUGCGGGCACGCGGGGCGGGUGGGAGGGCGUGGACGUGAGCGGCAUGGAGGCCAUCUUCGACGCGCGCUGUGUCAAGUGGUUCCAGCGCGUGAAGCGCCUCUUCAUCGCCAUGCUGCUGCUCGGCUCCGUCUUCUACAUCGUCUCCUUCAUCGCUGGCGUGCUGGCGAACAGAGGCAAGAGCGCGGAGCAGGGCGUGGUGGCGGCGAACCCGGCAGCGGAGGGGCAGGGGCAGGCGGCGAUGGGGCUGGACAGCAACUUCGACUACGUGUCGCAUGCCAUGCUCACCUCCUCCAACAUCUGGGUCGCCAUGGCCUACCUCGUGCUGUACCUGUCGCUGGACAUGAUCGGCUUUGCAGGGGCCAUCCUGGAGAACGUGAGCCUGCUGACGCUGUACAUCGUGGUGGAGCUGAUCAUCACCUUCAUCUCCGCCCUCGAGGCACUGCGCCCCUUCCUGCUCUUCCGCCUCCUCGUCAUCCUCCUCGCUCUGCGCCUCCGAUACUCCGCCCUCAAGGUGGAGGAUGCGGAGCGCCGCCUCUUCUCCCGCCUCAUGGGCCGACCCAUGCCUCCCCCCAAUCGCCGCACCUGGCUCGCUCGCCUGGGCAUUUUCCCCGGAACGCUGUCGGCCAUGUUCCGCCACGCCCCUCUGAGCCGCUUCCAGCUGCGCGGGCGGCCGUGGUACGCCGAGCUCGUGCGCCUGCACACCCUGCGCCUGCAGCAGAUGCAGCGCCAGCAGCAGCAACACCUCGCUCUGCAGCAACAGAGGGAGCGGCGAUGGCGGCAAGAGGAGAGGUGGCAGCAACGGCAGCGACGGCAGCAGAGGCGGCAGGAGCAUAGGCAGCAGGAAGGGGAGGUUGAUGUGCAACGCGGUGGAGCAGAGGGGCGCGUGGAGAGGGGAGGGGUUGUGGAGGAGCAGGGGGGGAUGCAGCAGCAGGUGGAGAGGCAGGACGCAAGGAGUGAGAUGGGGCAGCAGAGAAACGCAGAUAACCACCCACACCACCACCACCAUCACCACCAUCACCACCAGCACCACUGCCAUGAGCAUGACAACCAGCUGCACGCACAUGGGCACUGCACCAGUCACCAGCACCACCAGCGGCACCACCACCAUCACCACUGCACACAGCAGCAGCACGGGCAGCCGUCCUCCUGCCAACCUCUUAUUCAGCAGCAGCAGCAGGCAGAGGAGGCAGCAGGAGACGGUAAUGUCGCUCUUGACGUGGGCAGGCAGGAGCAGGGUUGUGAGUCAGAACAGGUGGCGCAGGAGGUGGUGAAGCAUCAGCAUCAGCAUCAGCAGCAGGAGGAUGAGCAGGAGGCUGCAGCAGUUGCCACGAGCGUGCCAACGACUGGCCUCUGCAGUGGCAACAGCACCUGCACUCCAUGCCCUCGUGCCGCUGCUUGCAAUGCUGCCAUGCCGGUACUGCCAACAGCAGGUGCCGCAGCAGCAAUGCUGACUUGUGAGCCAGGAGUGAGUCCGCUUGGCAGCCCAGACGCGUCAGACCGCUUCAGCAUUGACAUCACUGACAUGCCUCACACUGCUCAAACUUGGGCCGAACCCGAGCGAGCAGCAGAAGCAGGGGAGGAGGGCCGGGAGUGUGAAGCCCUCCUGGCGGCACGGCUGCUGCUACCUCCGCCCUUCCCUCUCGUGCCGCAUCUCCCUGUCCCCCGCACCCCCUCCUCCUCCCUCCCUCCCUCUCGCUCCAUCUCCCUCACCCACCAGCAGCCCUCCUCAGACACAGACGUGCCUGACUCCCCCUCUGCCAUACCUCCCUCCACCCCACUCACCCUCAUGUCAUCGCCCCUUCCCCCUCUCCCCUCCACUGCCACUUGACUUGCCGUAUUUAACUUCCCUGCUGUGCGCACCACUAGGAGCUGCACUUGAACCUAAUGUAUGCCAUAUGUUGAGCACUCAGCUCACUCAAGGGUAAAACACAA